AUGGAGUGGUGUUGUGUAUGCGCACCGCAAGGCAGUGUGCAGGGCGGCGUGCAAGGCGGCGCUCAGGUGCCGCCGGGGGUGCCGCACUCCACCGCGCCGCCGGCAGGCAUCGGCGGCGUCCGCAAAGGGCGAGGUUAUCGCGAUUGGCGCACACGUGGAGACCCCACGCUCAUCAAUUCACUCUGGCGCAGUCGGCAGCCGCUUGGUAUUCGGAAACAGCUCGGCAACGCAGAGGUGUAUAUAGUGCUGGCGCUUCUAAUCGGCUUCGUGACCGUGGUGGUGGGGUGCUGGCUGUCGGACAACUGCUGGUCGCCGGAGCCGGAAGACGUGCUGGCGGGCGGCUGA